AUGGGCAGAAAGGACCAAUGGCCCCAAGAUUGGUCCGAAUCGCGGCGUGGGCAGCCGCCACAACGUGGAUGGCAUGGUGGGCGACAACGAGGCAAGGGCCAAGACAAGGGGAAAGACCAGGCUUGGCACUCAUCCUGGAAGGAGACGGAGGAACCCGCUUUCCCGACCCUAGAAGCCAUGCAAGUGACGACCACUGGUGGCAAGGGAGGACAGGAUGGGCGAGCUGCCGAGGCAGCCAAGAGUGCGGGGUCGAAGACCAUGGAUCUUGUCUCUGGGGCACAGAGAUUGGUCAACAACCUGCGGAAGGCGGAGGUGAAGGUGCGGAAGACAGACGAAAAAUUGGCCCGCCUUCAAGAACAAUGGACGGCCUACCAGGACAAGCUCAAGAAGGCGUUCCUGAAGGAGAGGGACAAGUUCCUCGAUGCCUCCAAGGUGCUCCGUGCGGAACAGGCGGAGAACAUCCUCAACGAGGAAGAGGCUCUGAACGAGCUCCAGGAGGCCAUCGCGGGCGGUGGUUUCAAGCCGGCGGAGAGCGUGCCGACCCCCACGAUGGAAGAGGAGCAGGCCUGGGACAGCCUUAUGCAGGAGGACCCCGAGGACGACGAGAUGGGCUUGGCAGAGCUGGUCUCAGGAGCUCUGGCGGGCAAACGGGCCUCCCAGAAAGCUACCAGGCAACAGGUCCUAAAUGCCAUUGCUGCUCGACGGGCCGAGUUGAAGGAGGCGCAGCCAUCUACCCCCAAGGGCCGCCGCUCAUACGUGGCAGAGACGACUCCGCCUGCUACGACCCGACCUGGACGUGGGCUUGGAAGUGGCGACACUGUGGAGGCGGCGGACAAGGACCCCUACAUGACGUCUCCCUCGACAGGGGCCCUACACCUGCCAGAUGGCGCUCCACGCUCCAAGUCCAGGACAAGUGCCCGGAUCCCGGUGAAGCAACUUGGCCGAGUCCCUUCGAAGGCGAGGCCGACAAGCUCGGGGUUGGCCGACAAGCUGGAGGCCAGAAGGGAGGCGACCAGGGCUGGAGCACCCAUGACCUCGGAGAUCUUGCUCUCGGACGACCCGGACGAGGAGGUGCAGACCGGCGAUGUGGAUGGAAAUGGUGCCGAAGGCCGCGAUCAAGUGGACAUGUUUGGUCUGGCUUUUUCGGUUCGUCCAGCGGAUGUGUCCUAUGUGCUGGCCUACCUGUGCGAGGAGGUGCUCUUGGCUUACAAGACGCUAACGAAGGUGCAGGUUCUGGCCGAGCUGAUGGAGGCCCCGUACUACGAGAUCAAGGGCCUUGGCAAGGUAGAUAUGAUCAUGCACCUCUUGCUGAUGGUGGUGCAAAUUUUGUACGGCACGGCCCUGUGGGAGGCCACGUCCGAUUGGGGUGUCAUGGAACAGGUAAUUGUUGGAUGGCAGUUGACUUGCCUGUUUCUGCAGACAGUCACUUUGAUGGUGAUGCUUGCCCUCAGCGGCGCCACUGUGGUGCAGGGCAGAAGAAAGAGAGUCAGUUCAAGCGCUGGCUGCAAUUUGACGAUCCUCCUCGUCUUUGGCACCCUUGGAAUGGCUGGGGCCACUAUUGAGCCUCCUGCCGAAGGGAGUGCAAACAGGGGCCCCUUUCGUGACAGGACGGGGGGGCUGCCGAGACUACCACAACCGACAGACCUGGAACUAUGGGCGUCUGGGCAACUGACGGCUCGGGAGCAAGACUUACGUGCCGAGAGCGAGCUAAUCUACAAUGCCUCGCUGUACCACUCCGAGGGUGAGUAUGCAGCACCUAUGCUGGCUACUGCGGCGCCGGGACAGGGUGCUGUGUUGGAUCACCAGACGCCCGAAGACCGACGAGCAGUCCAUAUCAGCGUCUGGGUGACGACACCCUUUUGGGGAUCGGAAGUCGUUGACAUUGGAAUCGGCUUCCCGAUCACGGAGCGGAGAGUUUGUGACGCUGUGCGCAGUUCAGUGCGGGAACUGCCUGACUAUGCCGACUCCUAUCUUCCCACGGUUCCGCAGAUUGGGGGGUACUUUGGCAGCUGCCUGGCCAUCCCGGCAUGGACACCCGCUGCUGGACUGUGUGCUCUGGUCAUCGACAACCGAAGUGUAGGUGGAGAAAUCUUCUCUGUGUACCACAGAGGCCCCUUGACGUAUCACUCCCUUCGAACCUACUUGCCGGAAGAGGAUGCGGACAGCGUGGACAUCUACCUCUUCGGCAGCCUAGCCCCCCUUCGGAGGGAUCAGCCGCCACCGGUGGCUGUGCAGGGCGGUGUCGUCAAAGCCCUGUACGCGGGAGAACCAUGUGUGUGGGAGGACGAGCUCUCACAAAGGCUCACGGACCCUUCUCGUUGGAACCCCCGUGUUGCCACUCCGGAGGAUGACAACAACGAACAUGUGGUGUACCAGAGCCCGGAAGAUCAGUUGGUGUACUAUGAACUACCGGGCGCCGAUGCACACCGAGCAGACCUUGCUGAACAGCUGAUGGGUUUCCCAAGUGGGCAGUGCUGGGUGCGAGCGCCAGAUGUACCAGCUGUAGGCAUUACUCAUGCGGGGCGGUACAUCUCCAAGCAGAUCGCGGUGAACCCUGGACCACGGCGUACGCAAGAGGAUGAUCCAGAUGCGACUAUAGUGUUCCUUGACUUGCGUGGCAUUGGCAUGUUCCCGCAGUGGGUCCAUCUUCCUGGUUCCUACUUUAACACGACAGAGUACCUGGAGGGCAUUCAGGCGCCCACAGUAGAGGGGUGGACCAUCCUCAUUGAGGGCGGUGAACUGACCAAUGACACGGAGGUCCUCAGGGUUACGGAUGGCGAGACCCUCAACAUUCUGUUGAAGGAGACAGCUGAACUCACAGAAUCAGCUGACGAAGACGAGGGGACCGGAGGCGACAAUGGGGGCACUGAUGACAGUUCUGAUACGCACGACCCCCUCCCGGACUCUAGUGACCUUACGCCGCCCUCGGCCCCUGGAGACGGCGUUCCAAGGGGCCCCCCUCCACCAACACCGGUCAACGACAGGAGCCGAUCGCCCCGCCGCACAAGGCAUACUGGGGAGGUACUUGAACUGCUACAACAUUUACCACCACCGGAAUUCGACAUAGCGCUACAUCGCCUGCAACUCCCAUGUGACACCGACGGUCUGCUUGCGAUGAUGCGUGUAUGGAGCCCAGCAUGGAUUGACCCUGUGGUCGAAAAGGUCACCUUCAAGCCACCGACUGUCAAGGCUAUACGGGAAGCUGUGCACUGGAGUUCUGUGCUGGAUGCAGGAAAGCAGGGAGCACGACCUGAAUUGCAUCUCUUCUCGGAUGGGUCCUGGACUGAGGACAAGGAGAUCGGCGGAUAUGCUGUGGUUGUGGUCAUUGUUCUUGCAGGACUCCAAGCGGUCAUGGGCUACUGGGGCGAGGCUACGCAAGGCAACAGCGCUUCGCUUUGGGCAGCUGACACUGCCCCUGCCCUGCACAACGAACAAGUGGCGCUUGCAACUGGGCUCCUUUGGGUCCUACAGAGCACCGCCUUUCUUGAACUUGGCAGAUAUGUGCUUCAUUAUGACUGUGCUGCCGCGGGCCGCGCUCUCACUGGAGACUGGCGACCUCUAAAUGAGUUGGGGGAACGUAGCCACUACCUCGAGCUCUACUUGCAGGAGAUCCUGCCAGUGCCGUUGGAGGUGGAGCAUGUCAAAGCACACAAUGGUCACCCGUACAACGAGAUGGCAGAUGUCCUCUCCAAGGCUGUUGCUGGAGGUACAAGACUCCCGACCCCACCCCGAGAGGUUGUCCAGGCCUUCCUUCAAACUGACCUUACCUGGAUGGCGACUGGGAGGGGCCUCACCUGGAGUGCGGAGGCCCAGCUCCCGAAGCCUCAACUCAGGCCUGACCAGCUGAUCCCUGUUCUUGAUGAUGGCAAGGACAAGACGGGGACUUCUACGUUCUGUAUGACUGCUAUGUCUCUGAACGUGCAGAGCCUAAAGGGCAAGCAUCGCUACAUCGAGAGUCAGCUGACGGAGAUGAAGUGCAACCUGGCCAUGUUUCAGGAGACCAAGGGCCAAGCGGGAGUGUGCGAAAGCCGGGACUACCUGCGAUUGAGUACAGAUGGCAAAGCCCACUGGGGCGUGGCUGUGUGGAUCAGCAAACGCUUUGGGCUGCUGGCCAAGGACGGCAAGCCCUACCGAAUCACGGAGGACGAUGUCCGAGUCGUCACGGAGUCGCCACGACUCCUUGUCCUUGCCAUCGACGCUGGUGGAAGAAAGGUCGUGAUCGUGGCGGGCCAUGCGCCGCAUGGCGGCAAAACGGAGGAGUUGAGAGCUUUCAUGACUGACCUCUGUGAUGCGCUGCAGCCCCUGGUAAAUGCAUGUUUGAUUGUUUGCGGCCUGGAUUUGAAUGGUCGCCUCCCAGUCGACAUGCAGGGAGUCACAGGAGCGAAGGGGUUUGGCGAUCCGGAUUUGAAUGGAUGCGAUUUCGCCAGAUUAGCGCAGCGAUGCCACCUUUGGGUGCCGGCGACGUAUGAAGAACUACACGAAGGCACAGACGUCACAUAUCGACAGGCCAAUGGUGCUGAGCACCGCAUUGACUACAUUGCCCUAGGGGGGACGGCAGUUGUUGGCUGCCUCCGGAGUUGGGUUGCUGUGGACUUUGACAUGAUGGCGCCAAACGAAGAUCAUGAUCCAGUUGCUGUGUCAUUUUCAGGCAACAUCGCAGCGGGCCACCGAAACCGAAUUUUCCGGCCUAAGUAUGAUGGAGACAAGAUGUUGUCUCAGGAGGGCCGGGCGACCAUACAUGAGGCACUCUGGAACUAUCAGCCACCGGCGUGGACUGUCCACCCCACGGACCACUAUGAGCACUUCCGCCAGUAUGUGCACAAGGUCCUUGGACAACACUUCCCUGUUCAACCAGAUGCCCCCAAGAGUGACUACAUCUCGGACUUGGCGUGGACCCUCCGCGAUGGUAAGAAUGCUCUGAAACGAAGGUCUCGACACCGACGAGACCUAUGGGUUGAUCUCCGAGACAGAGCAUUCCUACAGUGGGCCCGUGCUGACUCCUACGCUGUGGAGGACCUAGUAGCGAAGCAGAACUUGCUCUACGAAUUGGUGGCCGGUGCUGUCAAGUUUGUGACCUACAGGACCCGUGGACAAGUUCGGCGGGACAAGAACAAGUUCCUACAGGGACUGGCCACUGCUGGAGGUGACAAGUACCAGGACGUUGUGCGCCAGGUCAAGCGAGCUGGGCUCGGUGGUAAAUCGGCCAGGACCCCCUGGAGACCCAUGCCUGCUCUCCUCGACACCCAGGGCAAUCUAGCUGACACUGCUGCCGCCAAGGACAAGGUCUGGCUUGACCAUUUCGGGGCGCAGGAGUGUGGGAAGCUGCAGCCCACCGUAGAGCUGAUAGCGAACGACGACCAGCGGAUCUACAUCGAGAACGACCUGCAAUGGAAGGUUGAUGAUAUACCUUCGGUGCUGGAGCUAGAAGCUGCGAUGCGGAGGGCUCCGAGGCGGAAGGCAGUUGGCCUCGAUGGAGUACCGGGCGAAUUGAUGGCGGCGGCUCCCGCGGCGGCGUCGAGGGCUUUAUACCCUUUGGUGGCGAAGGCUACUUUGCUCAUGUGCCAGCCUCUGCACUGGCGCGGAGGCAUCCUGCAGGAGUCAUGGAAACGCUCGGGAGCCCGACAUGAUGUCGCCAACUACCGCUCUUUAUUCGUGAGCUCUCUCCCCGGCAAAGGAUUCCACCGCCUUCUACGAGAGCGGGCUGGGACACCCAUGCGAGAAGCUCUACAUGACUUGCAGCUAGGUGCUCAAAAAAGGGCGCCAGUCUUAAUCCCGGCGCUUUACCUACAGGCCUUCCUACGAGGCGCCAAGAAGGCUGGGCAAAGCGUUGCGAUUGUGUUCCUGGACUCCCAGAGUGCAUACUACCGUGUCAUCAGGGAACUGGCGGUCGGUCAAAUUGAGCUGGAGAGCGACUUUGCGGUGUCGUAUAUCUUCAAGGUCUUUGGCCUCCAUGCUGAGGACAUGGAUGCUUUCAGGGACAUGAUCCGAGAUGGAGGCAUGAUGGCGGACGCCAACAUGAGGCCACCACUACGUCACCUAGUCAAAGAUAUGUUGCAUAGAUCGUGGUUUGUGACGCGACAUGGGACACAGGACCACGUGAGUGUCACCAAGGCUGGCUCGAGACCCGGAUCAUCAUGGGCUGACGUUGUGUAUGCUUUUGUUCUGAGCAGAAUACUCACCCAGAUCCACGAGGUGGCCACGGCAGAGGACUUGCUGACCCCGCUCCAGGUCAACGCCGAGUACGGUCCACUGGGGACCUCGGAAGGAGGGAUCGAAGUCUUGGCCAGAGACUGUGUCUGGGCCGAUGACUGUGCUUUCCCCUUGAGUGACGGGUACGCGGCCAGGCUCAUGAGAAAGUUGAGGCGAAUGACGGAGAUCAUCAUUGAGUUCUCCGAACGGCAUGGUAUGCUGCCUAACCUCAAGCCCAAGAAGACGGCUGCCAUUUUGGCUUUGCGGGGGAGUGGAGCAAGGCGGACCCGACAAGAGUGGUUCCCGAGUGGGAAGCGAACUUUGACGCUCCCUGAAUUGCAGAAGGAGGUCCAAGUCGCUCCAUCCUAUGUGCACUUGGGCGGGGUGAUUGAGCCGGAGAUGAAGUUGGUUCAGGAAGCAAGACGUCGGUUGGGAAUGGCUAAGAGUGCCUUCGACUCCGGCAAAUCCCUGAUCUACACGAAUGAGUCGAUCCCCCUGCUACUUCGCACCACCCUUUUCCACAUGGCGGUCACCUCCACGGGCUUUAAUCUGGGUCUCUGGGUCCCGGUUGGUCGAGCAUGGGACCUCCUCGAGGGUGGAUUCACGAAGAUCCUCCAGGGCCUCCUCUCGAAGCGCUUCAAGGGUGAGACCUACUACAAACUCCCCGCGCCGGCCGUUCACAUCCUGACUGAGACCCCGCCUCUGGCUUCGUAUGCCAGGAAGGCGCGGCUGUCCCUGCUGACCGCAAUGUGCUGGACAGCGCCUGACCUCCUGUGGGCGGCACUACAACUGGAUGAUGAGUGGAAUGCCACGCUACGAGCGGACCUGGAGUGGUUACGGUCUGGGAGUGACCAAUGGCCGGACCUCCAGCCGGCCAGCUGGCCGCGAUGGCACCACCUGCUUAAGGAGUCGGGGAGUUGGGUCAAGCGGAAGGUCGCGACAAAGAUCGCCAAAGAGUUUGGCCACUUUGGUCGGGAACAGCUGACCCUCCUCGCGCUCUGGAGCCUCUACAAGCGAGCCUGUGAGCGAUGGCCAGUGUUGUCGGAGGCUGUGGCACCGUGGAUGCGGCCCUUGGUGCCCACUUCUUCAAGACCCAUGGCAGACUUGCUGCAUACAGGCGGGUCACAGGAGGCACAGUAUGUAGAGCUUGCGGACGGAACUACUGGUCCAGGACAAGGCUGGCGAUCCCCAGGUUGUACGUCGGUCCUACAUACCCUUGGGGCCACGAGCCACCCGUUCACUUGUGGACUCGGCAGCAAGGGAUGGAGAAUGGCAGCUGAGAGAGAUUUUACCCUGGCGAUUCCGGAACAGCAAGCUGAGGCUAUGAACCACAACUGCGAACGGAGGUGGCCAGAGGAGGUGAAGCGGGCCUACUGUGCGGCAUGCGACUGCCUCACAGGGCGACGUGUGGACGAAACGGUGACGGCCUUUAAGCGGACCCUCCUUGAAGUCCUGGCGGAGUUCCCCCUCUACUACGUCGAGGUCCGGGAGAUCCUGGAUGAGAUCGAGGCUGACGUCAGGUUGGUUGUUGACAGUGGCAACAACGACUACUGGACGCCCGAGGGUGUUGCCCAGCUACUUGAGGCCGUCAGAACCUUUUCGGCAGAGGAUUGGACCAGUGGAGUUGAACUCGGUGAGACUCCGCCAAAGUUUGAGACCUUGAAGGCCUUCACGGCUAUGGUUCGAGACCUGAACUGGGCUAGCCUAUUAGGGUGUUCCGGAACGCACGUGACCCUUAGAGACGCCUCUGUAUUGCUAGACGACGACUGGGAAGCUGCAUGGGAUCGUCCUAGCGAGGUUGUCGGAAAUGCAGCCGUGCGAUGUGAUUUCUGGGGAGUGUUACCUGGAGCGUUGCAGAAGGCAUGGGACUUAAUCCUUGAUGGACACAAGCCCACAGUACAGGCAGACAGCACGGCGGAGCGGAUCAACGUUCUGGGAAAGCCGGAUCCCAGAUGCAAGCUGCGCCACACAGAUUUCGUGGAGAUGACAGCGCCACUCCUUUCCAACAAGGUGUUGGCUCUGAUCUUGAAAGACUGCGUGGACUGCGUCCACGACAAAGCCGAGUGGGGCCUCGACCGGGUUUGGUGCAAGCUGGCUCAGAAGCUGGUGGGGGAUGUGGCGAAACCCUGCGCGUUGCUCGAUGCCGCCCCGGUCGCACACCUGGACUGGAAGAAGGCCGUCGUCACGCCGGACUUCAAAGCCUCUGAGCUGGCGGUGAAGUCCGAAUAUCCCGAGUAUUGGUCAGACAUUCGAAACAUCGACUGUGUGAAUGACUUCAAGGACAACGUCUACGUUGCAGAGCCUGUGCCGCACGCCUCCGCCAACGUGUCCGCGCCCUUGUCAAGUGAGGCUUCGAUACAGCCCGCAUCAAAGUGA